UAGUAACGAUUUUACAUUCGAACCAAAAACAUAUCCCACGACGAUGACGACCAAAAUAUCCAGAUUUUUACUUAUACUUUUGUUAGCGGGCAUGCUCGAGAAGAAUCAAAAUGGCUUGAACACCAAUGCUCAGAUCAUAAACAUCAAUUGCGAUGGUAAAUCAGCCAUAUGUGUGGGUCCCUCGACCUAUCAAUAUUGCUAUGCAGAUAUCGCUUCGGGCGCUGUCCAACAAUGUCCAGCGAACACGCGUUGCAUUAACGAUAGCUUGGAGAUUUGCCUGCCAGUCAAAUCGGAUGGCAGUGCACCAACAGCUGCUGUUGCCAAGAUGACCACAAUCACCGAUAGUCCUAUUGUUCAGGGUGCUAGUAGCUCAUCAGCUAUCAUCGAAUCCACUACGGGCAAUGUGAUUAUUCCUACGAAACCCACUACUGAAGGGCCAGCGCAAUCUAGUGAUCCAACCGAAGCACCUGUUACUACAGCACAACCCAUUGAUACAACGCUUGCUUCAGUUGAGACGACCACAACUGUUCCCAUCGAGACCACGAGCCAACCUAUUGUGGACACUACUGUCGGUAACACUGCUGCACCCGUUGCACCGGAGUCUACGAUUCCCAGCGAGCCAGUGGGUACCACAACAGAUGCUGCAGUUGAUCCGAAUACAACCAUAGAUCCCAACUGGGAUACAGCCGCUCCUGUUGAUCCUAAUGCCCCAGUCGACUCUACAACUAUUGCACCUCAGGAAACAACACUGCCUCCAGUCGAUCCUGUAGCACCAAUCGAUCCCAACGCUCCACUCGAUCCCAACGCACCAGUUGAUCCCAACGCACCAAUCGAUCCCAAUGCGCCAGUUGAUCCCAACGCGCCAGUUGAUCCAAAUGCUCCAAUUGAUCCCAACGCACCAGUUGAUCCCAACGCACCAGUUGAUCCCAACGCACCAAUCGAUCCUAACGCGCCAGUCGAUCCAAAUGCACCAAUCGACCCGAACGCACCAAUCGGCACCACAACUAUUGCACCUGAGGAGACCACUCUAUCUCCUGCGGAUCCCAACGCACCAGUCGAUCCUAACGCUCCGAGCGAUCCAAAUGCUCCCGUGGAUCCCAAUGCACCAAUCGAUCCCAACGCACCAAUUGAUCCCAAUGCACCAAUCAAUCCCAAUGCGCCAGUUGAUCCCAACGCACCAAUCGAUCCCAACGCGCCAGUUGAUCCCAACGCGCCAGUCGAUCCAAAUGCACCAAUCGACCCGAACGCACCAAUCGGCACCACAACUAUUGCACCUGAGGAAACCACUCUAUCUCCUGCGGAUCCCAACGCACCAGUCGAUCCUAACGCUCCGAGCGAUCCAAAUGCGCCAGUUGAUCCCAACGCACCAAUCGAUCCCAACGCGCCAGUUGAUCCCAACGCGCCAGUCGAUCCAAAUGCACCAAUCGACCCGAACGCACCAAUCGGCACCACAACUAUUGCACCUGAGGAAACCACUCUAUCUCCUGCAAAUCCAAACGCACCAGUCGAUCCUAACGCUCCGAGCGAUCCAAAUGCUCCUGUGGAUCCCAACGCACCAAUUGAUCCCAACGCGCCAGUUGAUCCUAAUGCUCCAAUUGAUCCCAACGCACCAGUUGAUCCCAACGCACCAAUUGAUCCCAACGCGCCAGUUGAUCCAAAUGCUCCAAUUGACCCCAACGCACCAGUUGAUCCCAACGCACCAAUUGAUCCCAACGCACCAAUUGAUCCCAACGCGCCAGUUGAUCCAAAUGCUCCGAUUGAUCCCAACGCACCAGUUGAUCCCAACGCACCAAUUGAUCCCAACGCACCAGUUGAUCCCAACGCGCCAGUCGAUCCAAAUGCACCAAUCGACCCGAACGCACCAGUCGGCACCACAACUAUUGCACCUGAGGAAACCACUCUAUCUCCUGCGGAUCCCAACGCACCAGUCGAACCUAACGCUCCGAGCGAUCCAAAUGCUCCUGUGGAUCCCAAUGCGCCAAUUGAUCCCAACGCACCAGUUGAUCCCAACGCACCAAUUGAUCCCAACGCACCAAUUGAUCCCAACGCGCCAGUUGAUCCAAAUGCUCCAAUUGAUCCCAACGCACCAGUUGAUCCCAACGCACCAGUUGAUCCCAACGCACCAAUCGAUCCCAACGCGCCAGUUGACCCAAAUGCACCAAUCGACCCGAACGCACCAAUCGGCACCACAACUAUUGCACCUCAAGAAACCACUCUAUCACCUGUGGAUCCCAACGCACCAAUCGACCCUAACGCUCCAAUUAAUCCAAAUCAACCGGUUGAUCCUAAUGCACCAGUUGACCCCAACGCUCCCGUUGAUCCCAACGCCCCAGUCGAUCCUAACGCGCCUGUUGAUCCUAAUGCACCACUUGGUCCCAAUGCACCAGUCGACCCCAAUGCACCAGUGGAUCCCAACGCACCAGUGAGCCCUAACGCUCCAAUUGAUCCUAACGUGCCAGUCGAUCCGAAUGCACCAGUUGGCCCCAAUGCACCAGUCGAUCCCAAUGCACCAGUGGACCCCAACGCACCAGUGAAUCCCAACGCUCCAGUUGAUCCUAAUGCACCAGUCGACCCCAACGCACCUGUUGAUCCUAAUGCUCCUGCGCCAGUGAACCCUAACGCUCCUGUCGAUCCAAAUGCACCAGUUGACCCCAACGCUCCCGUUGAUCCCAACGCCCCAGUCGAUCCUAACGCGCCUGUUGAUCCUAAUGCACCACUUGGUCCCAAUGCACCAGUCGACCCCAAUGCACCAGUGGAUCCCAACGCACCAGUGAGCCCUAACGCUCCAAUUGAUCCUAACGCGCCAGUCGAUCCGAAUGCACCAGUUGGCCCCAAUGCACCAGUCGAUCCCAAUGCACCAGUGGACCCCAACGCACCAGUGAAUCCCAACGCUCCAGUUGAUCCUAAUGCACCAGUCGACCCCAACGCACCUGUUGAUCCUAAUGCUCCUGCACCAGUGAACCCUAACGCGCCUGUCGAUCCUAAUGCACCAGUUGUUCCCGAUGCACCAGUCGAUCCCAAUGCACCAGUGGAUCCCAACGCACCAGUGAACCCCAACGCGCCAGUCGAUCCGAAUGCUCCAGUUGGCCCCAAUGCACCAGUGGAUCCCAACGCACCAGUGAACCCCAACGCUCCAGUUGAUCCUAACGCGCCAGUCGAUCCGAAUGCUCCAGUAGGCCCCAAUGCACCAGUCGAUCCCAAUGCACCAGUGGAUCCCAACGCUCCAGUUGAUCCUAAUGCCCCAGUUGGUCCAAAUGCACCAGUCGACCCCAACGCACCUGUUGAUCCUAAUGCUCCUGCACCAGUGAACCCUAACGCGCCAGUCGAUCCGAAUGCUCCAGUUGGUCCCAAUGCACCAGUGGAUCCCAACGCACCAGUGAACCCCAACGCUCCAGUUGAUCCUAACGCGCCAGUCGAUCCGAAUGCUCCAGUUGGCCCCAAUGCACCAGUCGAUCCCAAUGCACCGGUGGAUCCCAACGCUCCAGUUGAUCCUAAUGCCCCAGUUGGUCCAAAUGCACCAGUCGACCCCAACGCACCUGUUGAUCCUAAUGCUCCUGCACCAGUGAACCCUAACGCUCCUGUCGAUCCUAAUGCCCCAGUUGGCCCUAAUGCACCAGUCGACCCUAACACGCCAGUGGAUCCCAACGCCCCAGUGAAUCCCAACGCUCCAGUUGAUCCCAAUGCCCCAGUUGGUCCAAAUGCACCAGUCGAUCCCAACGCACCUGUUGAUCCUAAUGCUCCUGCACCAGUGAACCCUAACGCUCCUGUCGAUCCUAAUGCCCCAGUUGGCCCUAAUGCACCAGUGGAUCCCAACGCACCUGUGAAUCCAAAUGCUCCAGCUCCAGUGAACCCCAACGCACCAGUUGAUCCUAAUGCUCCCACUCCAGUAAAUCCAAACGCUCCUCUGGAUCCAAAUGCUCCUGCUCCAGUGAACCCUAAUGCACCAGUCAAUCCUAAUGCUCCCGCUCCAAUAAAUCCUAACGCUCCUGUGGAUCCAAAUGCUCCUGCACCAGCGAACCCUAAUGCUCCCGCAAAUCCCAAUUCACCUGUCAUUCCCAACUCUCCUAGUACUCCAGUUAUUCCCAACGCUCCUAUCAAUCCACCAGUUAUUCCUCUAAUUCCUUCAGUUCCUACCAGGCCUACUAUUCGACCAAUCCCUCAAUUUCCAUUCUGGCCUCGUCCACAUGAAUCAGGUAAUGGCCAAGUAGCACCUACUCGACGACCCUUCUGGCCCAAUUGGCACAACUGGGUAAACGGCUGGAUUCCAACAAACAAGCCUGCCUUGCCAUCGAACAACAAACCGGAGACUGCUGAGUCUAUCGAACAGCCAUCGGGUGGUACAAUCUCCAAUGAGAAUGCAUCGGUUGAGCAAGACAAUAAGAAGACUGAAGAUCAGUCCAAGGAGCAAGAGCAGAAAAAGCCAAGUCCCGCUGAUAAUAGUUCAGCCGAAAACAAGGAUAGCAAAAAGCCAAAGGACUCUAAUGAGGAAAAGGACAAUGAGAAAAAGAAGAAUAAUAACUCUUCUGAGGACAAGAACAACAAGAAGGAGGAACAUAAAUCCAAGGACUCCAAGGAAGAGAAAGACAAAAAGAAGUCCAACAAUUCUGACGAGGAUAAAAAGGACGACAGUGAUAAGAAGAAGUCUAAUUCCGAAGAAGAGAAGAAGGACGACAAAAAGGAUAGCAAACAGUCAAAGGAUUCCAAGGAGAGCAAGGACAGUGAACAGAAAAAGUCCAGCGAAGACGAGGACAGUGAAGACUUGAACUCCAAGGAGAAGAAGCAAUACGUUAAGGACGUGAUCAAGAAGCUAAAGGAUGAGGAUGAAUGCGACGAAGACGAUGUUUAUCCCGAUGUACGCGAUUGCCGUAAGUAUUAUCGCUGUGAGGUCAAGAAAUCGGGCAAACAUAAGUACGUACAUCUGCGCUGCGAUAACAAGGAGCGCUUCGACUACCGCAGCCUCAAGUGCAUUUCCAAGGAUGAUGCCAAGUGCCUGCGCAAGUAGAAAGGACCAUGUCUGUCAUCACAUGUCAAUGAAAGAAACUAACAAAUGCCACAACGACCCAAAAUGUAACGACGUUAAUUGUAGCAUUUCACAUAUAUAAUCUCAAAAUAAAUUCAAUGAUAUUAGCAACGAUAUAUUUACAAAUUAUGUACUUAAAAUUUUUUUUUUCUAAUUUAUUGUAACAAUUACACUUAGUUUGCUUGCCAAAUAAAACAUAAUUUAUAUGCACAAAUAAAGUUCAUUCAAAUGCAAUUC